AUGAGAGCAUAUGACGAUACAAGAUUUGCAGAUUUUAUAUUGCGUGUUGGAGAUGGAAACAAGCCCAUCAUCAAAGAUGAUAUCAUUAAAUUGCCUGAGGACAUUGUAGUUGCGAAUAAUUCUGAAAAUGAUGCAAAAGGGAUAUUCAUUAGGAAAAUCUAUCCUGAUCUAGAACUACAUGCAGAAGAAUCAAACUACGUAACAAACAGAGCUAUUUUGGCAACCACAAAUGCCCAUGUUGAUAGUUUAAAUGAAGAAAUGAUAAAACUUUUUCCAGGAGAAAGUACAACCUUCAUCAGUUUUGAUCAGACAAUAGAUGAUACCAAUUCUUACUAUCAAGAAGAGUUCUUAAAUUCUCUACUACCAAAUGGAAUACCACAACAUAAACUUAUAUUAAAGGUGAAUUGUCCCAUUAUGUUAUUGAGAAAUUUGGAUCCAUCUAAUGGAUUGUGUAAUGGGACAAGAUUGGUAUGUUGA